AUGUCCCCUCCUGAUCUCAGCAACAACGACUCUAGUGUUCUGUCUGCACUCUUUGAUCCGGAGGCAUCCCUUUCGAGGAAUGCCUCUAUAGAAGACACUCUCCCAUCCGGAGUCACUCUGGAAAAUUUAAAAUACCUGCAACUCUGCGAACGUGAUGCUUUGCAUCCAAUCAACGGCGAAAGUCCAAGCGUAGAGGAGAUUGAGACGUCCAUAUCGAAGCUAACUGGGAUUAUCGACAAAAACCCAUGCUAUGCUUCAGCAUAUGCGAAUCGAGCACAAGCUCGCCGGAUGCUUUUCCGCGAUGAACAACUACCUUCACAGCCUGCAGCCGUACAACAAAUUCUCCAAGACCUCUCUCGAGCCAUCAAAAUCGGCACACCUGAAGAUUCUACCCAGCCACUAUCAUCUUCACACGCCAAAGUUUUAGCAUCCGCACAUACACAUCGAGGCUACCUACUACUUCUCGCUAGUAAAAGCGAUGCGAAUCGACAAAUGCUGAACUGCACUCCUGGGCUGGAGACGCUAUGUCCCAACCAACUGGAGGAAGCAGCAAGCCGGGAGUUCGCGCUCGGUGGACGAUAUGGAAACGACGCGGCUAAACAGAUAGCCGUGAGGACUAAUCCAUAUGCGAAACUAUGUGGCUCUAUUGUCAAAGAAGCCUUGAGGAAGGAAAUCUCGGACUAUUAUCAACCUCAAGUUUCAACAAUAUGA